AAGUUCAUGUUAUCCAGACACUAAUUUGUACUCUUCAGCUUCCUCAUGUGUUUGUGAACUGUGUGGAAUACUUUACUUCACGACUUCUUUUAGAAGAAAUUCUCAUCCAGUUGCAAAGCUGUUCCAAGACAGAACAGACUUCGCGUGUGCCUUGUGAUACUUUCAAUGACUUUGUACGUCUGUUUAAACAAGCUAUUGCAAGACAAGAGCUUCAAGAUCAAACCCUAUACAUUGUACUGGAUAGAGCGGAGCAGCUGAGGGAAAUGGAAGCAAACAUCCUGCCAGCGUUUCUCAGGCUGCAGGAGUUGACUGACAGAAAUGUGACAGUUGUCCUGCUCAGUGAAAUAGUGUGGGAACUGUUCCGUCCAAAUAUUGGAUGCUUUGAGCCACUUGUCUUGUAUUUUCCUGAUUACAGCAUAGGACAUCUUCAGAAGAUCUUGUCUCAGAAUCAUCCCCCAGAAUAUUCUGCGGAUUUCUAUGCUGCAUAUAUCAAUAUUCUGCUUGGUGUCUUCUACAUGGCCUGUAGGGACCUGAAAGAACUUCAGCAUCUGGCAGUGCUCAAUUUUUCUAAGUACUGUGAACCAGUGGUCAGAGGAGAAGCAAAUGAACGUGACACCCGCAAACUCUGGAAAAAUAUUGAGCCUCAUUUGAAGAGAGCAAUGCAGACUGUUUAUCUCCGGGAAAUAUCCAGCUCACAGUGGGAGCACUUGCAGUGUGAUGACGGAGAACCUGUGCAGCUGAAAGGACUUUCUGCACAUACACAUGUAGAACUUCCUUAUUACUCCAAAUUUCUUCUAAUAGCUGCUUACCUUGCCUCCUACAAUCCUGCUAGGACAGAUAAGAGGUUCUUUCUGAAGCAUCAUGGGAAAAUUAGAAAGACCAACUUCAUGAAGAAACAUGAAAAGACCAGCAAUCACCUCCUUGGGCCAAAGCCGUUUCCCUUGGACAGGUUGUUAGCGAUAUUAUACAGUAUUGUGGACAACAGAGUUGUUCCAACUGCAAAUAUAUUUUCUCAGAUCACCUCUCUCGUGACUCUCCAGCUGUUAUCCAUGGUUGGCCAUAAUGACCAGCUUGAUGGACCACGGUAUAAAUGUACUGUAUCCCUGGACUUCAUCAGAGCUAUUGCCCGGACUGUGAACUUCGACAUAAUAAAGUACUUGUACGAUUUCUUGUGA